AUGCCUAAGUGUUUCUUAAACUCCGUACGGCCGGUUAGGGAAAGUUUCACACAUGAAACGGAAAAUAAAAGCGUUGAAAUGGAACCGAAGCCAAUACGUAUUUUAAAAAACAACUUGAAACGCCAAAAGAACUUGCUCAAGACAAACGAGACGAUUUUCAACGACAAAGUCCCGAUUUCAACGAGAUUCUACUUGCAACUGUUGAAACGCAGUCAAUUCAUAGAAAACUUCAUUGAAACGGAACUUUACGAGUACGCUUCAGAGAGCGAAAAGCCUUUCAGUUCGCCCGAAUUAAAAAAUAAAACAAAAGAAAAAAAAGACGCCGAAAAAAAAUCAUACAACCUAAGAUCGUGUGAAACGAAAACGGAACGCAAGACGUUCGGUGAGAAGAAACGCGUACAAAAAAAACGGAACGUCGAAAACUUGUUUGAAAUUUCCGAACGGAAACGCAAGAUCAGGAAAGAGCCUUUGGCGCCAAUUAUCGAGGAGAUAAAAAGGUUGCCUUUGAAAUUGAACAAUAAGGGUUUGGAAAUCGAUAAGAUUGCGGAGAAGUUGAAGAGUUUGGUGAAGACUAAUGCUAGUGAGAAGUUGGACAGGGAGCUGCUGACUUGCAAGGAGUCGUUUGACAAAGCCACGGUAGACGUCUUUGGACUCUUAGAAUCUCGCUCAUUUGCAGAUCCAGUUUGUGCGUUGAAGCUGCCGUGGUCUUCCCCUCGUGCAGGUCUUCGCAACAGUCACACUUGUGGUUACUGUGGAAAGGGCUUCGACCGGCCCUGGGUGUUAAAAGGUCACCUCAGACUCCACACGGGGGAGCGGCCCUUUCCGUGCCCCCAUCCGCACUGUGGAAGGACUUUCGCUGAUCGAUCGAACCUGCGCGCGCACCAGCGCACGCGCGGCCACCACAGCUGGCAGUGGUGCUGCGUGGAGUGCGGCAAGGCGUUCAGCCAGCGGCGGUACCUCGACCGCCACAGAGACGAAGCGUGUCGCAAAUACAAGCUGCACGCUCGCAACAAAUGCCCUCAAGCUCAGUCUGCGUCAAAACAGACAGUCCCAGAAGUGGACUUCACUCUACCUGUCCCUCUCUAUGGCUUGAUACGCCACAACGAGAAGGCGGAAGUGUCUAUGGUCGAAGAACAGGAACUACCAAUAGAUUUGUCUAUAAGCAAAAAGAGGGUAGAUUUAGAAUAA